CAAAUACGACUAUCAAACAACCCGCUAAUUCACGUAGGUUGCACUAAUGAGACAUGUUGGCUACUAUCAUCAUAGUAAGUUGCCAAUUCAAAAAUCAAACUUUCUCCCACGUGUUUAGAGAGGUGCGGUUCGAAACGGCAAAACAGUCUAUUCUAUUAUGCUAGUCUCUGUAACACAGGCAGGGUGAUUGACAAGACGUCGCUCAAGGAGCUACAAUACAGAGGAAUUGCAAUAAUCCCUUAAGGGAGGGGUGGGUCUAUUGGUUAAGUUGGCCUCGGCUAGCUCCCUGGUAGGUGUCCAAUUCGUAACAUCAAGUGCGUGACUCGCUAUUCAACCACGUGGAUAUUGUAGUGUAUUUUGUUCACGCUCUUUCGGUUGUCCUAGGUCUUUUGACCGUCUAGGAUGUUGGAUUAGCUCUACUAUAUAUUUACAAUUAUCCAUGCAAAGAUCACUGCAGUUGCCAAGGAUCAAGAAGCGGUGUGUCUCAGACAAAAUAUUGAGUGAGGGUUAUGCAAGAGGGUGGACUGCAGCCUCUGGAUAGGCCCCUGUAGCCCUACAAACCCACCCUUAUAUACUACACAUAGCUAGGUGUGACAAAACUCUCUCCCGCUGUUCUCUUAGAAUGAUAGGGAUUUCUCUUCUUGUCCAAACUUGACCCCCAAAAAUAACUGCAAAAUGUCAGCGCUGAAAGGUGAAGAAUGGGCGUACAAACCGCAGCAAGCGUACCACGCCGCUCCAGAGACUUACGAGAUAGCUUAUGCGAGAGCUAAAUCCCUACAUUUUGCCUCAGGUACGAAAACUCUUCAAAAUAUCUUACUGGAUUUAAUAUUUCGAAGCUCAUAUAUAUAUAUGACGUAUAUGGUUAGGCCUCACUAUUGACGACAUUGUCAAUUUGACCCCCAAGUUCUGGGACUUUCAUCGUAACUUGAAUAUUACUCGCGAUAUCUCCGCACUUAUGGUUGCACAGAUCCAUCUAAACCUGUGUGUCGGAACAAUUGCCCCCCUAGCAGCCUUACGCCCCGACUUGAUGCCCCUCCUCGACGACUUAAUGGCAUUUCGAAUUUGCGCUUCAUUUCUGCUCACUGAAUUUGGGCAUGGCCUCGACGUCACAAACAUGGAAACAGUUGCGACUCUUCUGCCUGACGGCUCUUACAAUCUCCAUACCCCUCAUCCAACCGGUGCGAAAGCCAUGCCGCCCACAGCACCACUCUCUUCCACGCCUAGAAUCGCAAUUGUAGUGGCCAGGUUAAAGGUCGCCGACGAGGAUAGAGGCCUUAAACUCUUUCUUGUACCGAUAGCCUCAACAAAGGGCAUGGAGCCGGGGGUCACGGCAUGGAUGCUUCCGGUCCGGCCUGGCACAACACCACUGGACCACUGCCUCACCUCCUUUCAUCAUGUUCGCCUACCGCCUUCAGCCCUUCUCGGCUCUACCAACAGGGCUGUUGAUCCGGGCCUUGAAUUGCAACAACAGCUAUGGCGCGUCUCGGUUGGAGCUAUCGCACUGUCCCUCGGCAACAUUGCUUGUCUGAAGGUAGCUGCUUACGUCGCUGGUACUUACAGCAUGCGGCGACUUGUUGAGCAGGCCGGACGAGGGCGUGUACCGAUCCUCUCCAUUAGCACGCAAUAUAGGCCAGUACUGCGGGCACUAGUGGCCGGCGAAGUCCUUGAUGCAUAUGCAAAUUGGGUCACGCCUCUCUUCAGCAAUCCAGAGUUGGAUAUACUGGUCCGGCGUGGCCUGGCCAUCGUAUUCAAAGCAACAACUACGCAUUUAUUUAAAAUCAUGCCUGAGUUAGCGCAACGCUGCGGCUGGCGUGGGUUCUAUCCGUAUGCACAGCUUGCGGACUUAUAUUUAUCAUACUCGGCCAACGCAGUUGCCGAGGGUGACGUUCACGUUCUGUCCUUGCGAUUGGCCUACGAGCUCCUCUUGAAGCGAUAUGCACUGCCCAGCGCCAUUACCCCCGAUUCGCCACUCGCGCAGCAUGAAGCUGGUUUGCUUUCUGACCUCGAAGCGUUAUUUGCAUUGACGCAUUCUUCAGCAAACCCAGAAAGUACCUUUAGCACUCACGGCCUACCGAAAUGCCGUGCUCUCAUAGUCUCUAUGGGCCAGCGCAUGGCCCUUGAGGCUUGCCAGGCACACCCGUCAACUGUCUCUCCAGACGUUCUGUAUGCAUUCGAGCGCAUAAGUAUUGCUGAGGAUCCCGCUUGGUACAUGGAAAAUAUGAGCUUCUCGCGACAUGAUAUUUAUGACAAGGAAACAGACGCGUUUGAGAAGCUUCUGCCGCAAAUGAGGCCCCUCUUGGAGAAGACUGGUGCAAAAGACUUUGUAACAUCACCGCUCGUGUCAGAGAAUGAGUGGGAGGAGACAAUUCGAUUGUUUCCGAAAUUUUCCUCCGAGGAACCAAUUUCAAAAAUUUAGUCAAGCUUCGGUACGCGAUGAUGGUGACCGUAGCUACCCUAACCAUACUCAAGAUAGGCGACAGCUUGCGUUCUAUAAUGUGGUAAUACUAUUUAAAAUAAUCCAUUUUAUAUAAAUUUUUAUGGGACGCACUACUCUUAUUACUCUACCUUAUCCAUCCGUGGUUUACGCUCACGACAAGUUGACAAUCUUCUCCUUGUGGUAAUUAGCACCAUGGAAUACUCUAGCGCCAGCCUCUAUUCUAUAGCCGGAAGGGAUAUAGCUUUCGUAAGCUAUCUCCCCUCACAUAAUAGAGCUGCCAGCUGCCACAAUCGUGGUAAUGACCAUCAUCCAAACGCCGACAGUCCCCCCUCGGCCACGUACGCCGUUGGCAGCAGCAGUCUCGGUUGGCAUUGUGGAGGUUCGUGAAGUCCCAGGCCUAGUAGAGGCCGCCGGUUGUGUCUGUGUAGUGGAAGCCGGGAGAAACGGGCCGCCACCCGUUGGAUUGGCGUCAGCAUAGCAUUGGCCCAAGAUCAAGGUCUGGUUGCGCCAAGCUGCGCCACCAGUCACUCCGAGCAUGGCCUUGAACCACUGAU